UGCUGGGAUCGCCAUGGAGGCUAUCGCCUUUGCUCGUAACCAGGUCUUUGACGUGGUGCUGAUCGAUACCGCCGGCCGGAUGCAGGAUAACGGUCCUCUGAUGACGGCUCUGGCGAAGCUGAUCGCGGUCAACACCCCGGACCUGGUGCUGUUUGUGGGAGAAGCGCUGGUGGGAAAUGAGGCUGUGGAUCAGCUGGUUAAAUUUAAUCAAGCACUGGCUGAUCAUUCCAAGACUGACAAACCCAGGCUCAUCGACGGCAUCGUUCUCACCAAGUUUGACACCAUUGAUGAUAAGGUGGGCGCUGCUAUCUCCAUGACCUACAUCACGGGUCAGCCCAUCGUGUUUGUGGGCACCGGGCAGACGUACAGCGACCUACGCAGCCUCAACGCCAGGGCUGUGGUCAGCGCGCUCAUGAAAGCCUGAGAUACAAGACCUGCCUCUGCUGCUCCAGCGGUUCAGCUACAGCUAGAUAAGAGACCCU